CGCGCGCACGCGCGGGGAGGGAGAGGCGGGUGCGCGGUGACGUCUCCGGACGCCGACAGGUUCCUGCCGCCGCCGCCGCCGCCGCCGGGGUUUGUAUGAAAACAUCGGGGGCGCCGCGCUGGAGCCGCGCCCGGCCUGUCGCGGCCCGCGGGUGACUCCGGCUUCCCGCCGGCCCCUCGCGCCCGGCUGCGACGGGAGGUGCCCGGAGCCGGGCGGCGGAGGCCGAGCCUCGCGGACCGCAGCCGCUGCCCCGCCCCGCCCCGGGGUGAAGGUGAAGCCCGGGCGGGCGGGGCGCGGACAGACACAGAGAGACAGCAGCCCCCCGCUCUCUGCCCGCGGGCUGGGGGGCUGGAGCGCGGCCGGCGGGCGUGUCCGAGCCCGGGUUGCCAGGGUGGGAACCCCUCGGUCCUUUCCACCGGGCUGACAGGUUAUCUGAGAUGGUGUAUUGAAGAACUAAGUUUUCCAAGAUGAACAAAGUAAAAACAACAUCUGAGAAAAGUCUUACUAACAAUUCUCGGAUUGUGGGUCUACUGGCACAGCUGGAGAAGAUCAAUUCAGAAUCUUUGUUGGUAGAAGCAGACACUGCCAGAUAUGUUACAUCAAAGAUCCUCCAUCUGGCUCAGAGUCAAGAAAAAACCAGGAAGGAAAUGACUGCCAAAGGUUCCCCAGCAAUAGAAGUUAUCCUCUCAACAUUAGAGAAUACAAGAGAUCUUCAGACUACUCUAAAUAUAUUAAAUAUCCUCAUUGAAUUGGUGUCAGUUGGUGGUGGUCGGAAAGCAAGUGCCUUAGUUUCUAAAGGAGGGACGCAGAUCUUGUUGCAGUUACUUUUGAGUGCCAGCAAAGAUUCCCCACCAAAUGAGGAGUUAAUGGUGCAGCUUCAUUUUCUUCUUGCAAAAAUUGGUCCAAAAGAUAAAAAAUUUGGAGUAAAAGCUAGAAUCAGCGGCACUCUAAACAUAUCUCUGAAUUUGGUGAAACAGAAUUUGCAGAACCACAGGUUAAUACUGCCAUGUCUUCAAGUACUAAGAGUAUACUCAGCCAACUCUGUAAAUGCAGUAUCCUUGGGGAAAAAUGGAGUUGUGGAACUGAUGUUCAAGAUCAUUGGCCCUUUUAGUAAAAAGAAUACUGGCCUUAUGAAGGUUGCUUUAGACACACUUGCUGCAUUGCUAAAAUCAAAAACGAAUGCCAGGAGAGCGGUAGACAGAGGAUAUGUCCAUGUGCUUUUAACAAUUUAUGUAGACUGGCACCGUCAUGAUAGUCGACACAGACACAUGCUGAUCCGUAAAGGAAUCUUACAGUGUAUUAAAAGUGUUACAAAUAUCAAGUUGGGAAGGAAAGCAUUUAUUGAUGCCAAUGGGAUGAAAAUUCUUUACAACACUUCCCAAGAUUGCCUUGCUGUGAGAACUCUUGAUCCUCUAGUCAACACAUCAAGUUUAAUAAUGAGAAAAUGUUUUCCUAAAAACCGUCUUCCACUACCAACUAUUAAAAGUACUUUUCAUUUCCAACUACCAGUUAUCCCUAUUAGUGGUCCUGUGGCCCAGAUGUACAGUUUGCCUCCUGAAGUGGAUGACGUAGUAGAUGAAAGUGAUGACAAUGAUGACAUCGAAACAGAAAGUGAGAUUGAAAAUGAAAAUGAAGAUAAGGACCAACUCUUUAAGAACGAUGAUAUAGAGACUGAUAUUAACAAACUGAAACCAAGGCAAGAAUUGGGACGACCCAUAGAAGAACUAAAAAUGUAUGAACAAUUUUUCCCAGAACUUGCAGAUAACUUUAAGGACUAUGACUUAGUCUCCAAGGAACCAAAGCCUUUUGCAUCUGAUGCAAAUCUAGGUGGACCUAUUGUGGUUCCUACGGCAGGAGAGGAGCAGUCUGUAGAAGCAAAUCACUCAGUCAAGGGAAUUACUAUGAAAGAGAGCAAUCACUUGCAAGCAGGGGAGUGUAAUAAAAGGCCAGCCUUUUUGGAUUUGCCAAAGAAAGACAGCAACAAAGACGAUAGUUUACAGCAGCAAAGUGAUCAAAAGAAACUGCUUUCGUCAUGCCAGUGCCUAAGCUAUGAAAUAGUGAAAGGCUUGGACAGGAUCACUCUGCAGAAUACUUCAAAAAAUGAACAGUAUUACAAAACAGGGUGUGUAACGAAGAAAGAAAGCAAAACUAGCCUUACCUCACUCACUUGUAAUAAACCUUGCCAGCAUGUUUCAUCUUGUGGAAGUGUUCUGUUUGAGGGACGAUCUGUCCAGCUGGGAAAGCUGUGCUUCACGGGUGUUGAUCCUGAGGAAGAGGAUGAUUCCAGCUCGCAUUCAUCAGGGGAGCAAGUGAUGCUUGAGGUGCCUGAUAUAUUGCCACUACAUGACCCUGAUCUUUAUAUUGAGAUUGUGAAAAACACAAAGUCUGUUCCUGAAUAUUCAGAAGUGGCUUACCCAGAUUACUUUGGUCACAUUCCACCUCCAUUUAAGGAGCCUAUCUUAGAAAGACCUUAUGGUGUACAGAGGACAAAAAUAUCCCAAGAUAUUGAAAGACUGAUCCAUCAGAAUGAUAUUAUAGACAGAAUCAUGUAUGACCUUGAUAAUCCCAGUUAUUCAGUGCCAGAAGAGGGGGAGUUUUUGAAGUUCAACUCCAAAUUUGAGUCUGGAAAUCUGCGCAAAGUUAUUCAAAUUAGAAAAAACGAGUAUGAUCUCAUUCUGAACUCAGAUAUAAACAGCAAUCACUAUCAUCAAUGGUUUUAUUUUGAAGUCAGUGGAAUGCGGCCAGGCAUUGGUUACCGGUUUAACAUCAUCAACUGUGAAAAGUCGAACAGUCAGUUUAAUUAUGGUAUGCAGCCCCUCAUGUAUUCUGUUCAGGAGGCGUUAAAUUCCAGGCCAUGGUGGACUCGUGUUGGGACAGAUAUUUGUUACUACAAGAAUCACUUUGCUAGAAGUUCAAUUGCUGCUGGUGGUCAGAAAGGAAAAUCCUAUUACACAAUUACAUUCACCGUGAACUUCCCACACAAGGAUGAUGUCUGCUACUUUGCUUACCACUAUCCAUACACGUAUUCAACUUUAAGGAUGCAUCUUCAGAAAUUGGAAUCCAUGCACAACCCUCAGCAGAUCUAUUUUCGACAAGAUAUGCUGUGUGAGACCCUGUCUGGGAACAGCUGCCCUUUAGUCACUAUCACAGCCAUGCCAGAGUCGAAUUACUAUGAACAUAUCUGUCAGUUCAGGAAUCGUCCUUACAUUUUCUUAUCUGCUCGUGUACAUCCUGGAGAGACUAAUGCAAGCUGGGUUAUGAAGGGAACAUUGGAAUAUCUUAUGAGUAACAACCCCACUGCCCAGAGUUUACGAGAAUCCUAUAUUUUUAAAAUUGUCCCUAUGCUCAACCCAGAUGGUGUCAUCAAUGGAAACCAUCGCUGUUCUUUAAGUGGGGAGGAUUUGAACAGACAGUGGCAAAACCCAAACCCAGACCUUCAUCCCACAAUUUACCAUGCCAAGGGCUUACUACAAUAUUUGGCUGCUAUAAAACAUUUGCCUCUGGUUUACUGUGAUUAUCAUGGUCAUUCUCGUAAAAAGAAUGUAUUCAUGUAUGGCUGCAGCAUCAAAGAGACAGUGUGGCACACUAAUGUUAGCGCUGCCUCUUGUGACCUGAUUGAGGACCUUGGUUAUAGGACUCUUCCUAAGAUUCUCAGUCAGAUUGCCCCAACAUUCAGCAUGAGCAGCUGCAGCUUUGUAGUGGAAAAGUCCAAGGAAUCAACAGCACGUGUAGUUGUCUGGAGAGAGAUAGGAGUACAAAGGAGCUACACAAUGGAGAGCACGUUAUGUGGCUGCGAUCAGGGCAAAUAUAAGGGGUUGCAGAUAGGGACACGAGAACUGGAAGAGAUGGGAGCCAAAUUCUGUGUUGGCUUACUGCGUUUGAAAAGACUGACCUCUCCACUGGAAUUCAGUCUGCCUUCUAGCCUCCUUGACAUUGAAAAUGAGUUGAUUGAAUCAAGCUGUAAAGUAACAAGCCCCACUACAUAUGUUCUAGAUGAAGAUGAGCCUCGCUUCCUUGAAGAAGUUGAUUACAGUGCAGAGAGUAAUGAUGAGCAAGACAUUGAAUUGGCUGAUAAUGCAGGCGAUUAUGAACCCUCUGUUCCAGAAGAGGGGUUUUCUGACUCAGAAAUGACAAGGACACACCUGCCUUGAGCCAUCUUUGUAGACUCAAAGAAGAAAAUGAAUAUCCUGGUUUUUAGUGGACAGGAAACAGGGAAGUAUCUGGCUCUCAAGAGGGUUGGCUCAAAGAGACAAAAGUAAUUGAAGCCAGUUUAGCUGAAAGACAAUAAAUGUGUUUCUGAUUUAUGAUAAUAUUGGCAUUUGUUUUAUUUAAGGAAUUCAGUGCCUUCAUUUGGCACUGAAUAUAUCAAACAAUUGCUUUACCAUUUCAUUUUCUACCAAAUAUUGUUGCAUGGCUUUUUGUGUCCUUAAUCACCAACAAAUGGAUUAUAAAUUGUUGUAUGUCAGAUACAGAAAUUCAUAUUGUGGUACAGUCCUUUGAGUUUCUUCCUGAAAAAUACAUAUGUACAGGUUUUUUAUUAAUUUGUGUGUUUAUUGAGGUUGAGGUUUUUCUUUAGAAUUAUGUUAAAUGCUCGAUUUUUUUGAAGUAAUGCGGAGCUUGCUUUGAAACAGUUUCAUUCUCUAGUUACUAAAUUAAACAAAAAUGAAAAUUUGAUCAAUUGUUGUGCUUGUUUCUUGAUCCUUUAAUACACUGAGAUUAUAAUUUUACAGCAGCCAUAAUUUAAAAUAUACAAUGACAUCUAACUUGCCUUUUUAAAAAAGAAAGUUAUUCUUGCAAGAUUACUGUUAGUCCACUAGUCAGAAGUGUUUUAUGGUGGCUCCUGCACCUGCACCUACUAUGAAUUGUAUGUUUGCAUAAAACUCUUCCCUGAAACACAUCAUCUCAGUGAAGAGAGAGAUGUUCAUCUCCACAAUCAGUUAAUUUUUAGCUUUGGAAACAAGUUUACUCAGUGACAAGAAGUGGCUAAAUGUGUAUACUGUAUGUAUAUUUUGCUAUGUAUUUUUUAGCAACUUAUUUAAUAUUCUUGUCAAAUUCUUGUAUUGUCAAAAUGAGUUAAUUUCAUUCUGGGCAUGUUUUUAAGGGGAAAGGUGGUAUCCAUGUUGGUUUAGAGUCUUCCUGUGAGUCAAAGAUAGUCAUGUUUUGGGAAUGAACAAAGUCCUUUUGUACCUCCCCUACGCCUCUACUGCCCCAUUUUUGCUUAGAAUAAGAUUUAAUGUGGAGCUGAAGUUACUGCCAAAUAUUUAUAAAACUGAAUUUUUGCUACAGCAAAAAGUUUAAUUAUCCUUGCUUGAUGUGACCCAGUUCUGACUCUUCUUUAUUUUUUUGAAAAAUGCUUGUAUAACAUAAGGGGACAUCUAAAAGCAUCAAGCAGUAUCUUUCGAUACUGCAACAGGUCCCUAACUAAAGAGAUUUUUAAGUGUCAGCCAUGCAAAUGAAAUUGGUGUGUGUGUGUGUUUUGUUUUUCUUUCUUUUUAUUUGGUGCAUGAAGUAAAAACCGUAGAGAGCAAGAUGGCUCAGGGGAUCGUCAGUGGAAAUGUGAAAUCUUUUACCAAUAACUCAUUGGUUCAAAUCCAGUUUAGGUAGGUAGCAACAGUCAGUGCCAUCUUGGUUUUGAAAUUGGGGUAGAGAGAGAAAUGCUGGCAUAUUUGCCGUUGAAAUAGUAAUGGCUUGCUCUUAUGCUUAAAUUUUUAAAAAAAUUAAAUGAUCAGCGGGGAGAAGUAAGGGAAUGAUAGAACCACCUAUAUACUCUCUCCUCCAACUUUUUCUUUUUAAGGACUGACCAUGUUAAUUGUUCUGUGACCUAUAUUGAAUGAGUAGGCAGGCUCAGUCCACUCCCUGGUGAGCAGGUGUUCAGACAGCAAAGUGACCAUCACAAUUGGCACUUUGGGCAAUAACCAGAGACACCAGGGACUGAACCUGCUACUCUCUUAUCCCCUCUUAUCACCUAGAGGUCAUUCCUCUAGAUCAGGAUUGAGACACAUUAGCAGGGCAGUGUAGGGAAGUUCAUAUUGCUCCCACUGUGUUGUACCCGUUCUGGGUAUAAAUAGUCCUCCAGUCUCUAGAACUCUUACUCUAGCACCCUUCAUAAGUAAUAAAUUCACUUAAAUUAACUUGCUGUAUUAACACAGCAAGUUAAUUAGCAUCUCUCUGUGUAGAUUGACUUAAUAGUAAUAUAGUAUCAGAGAGGUAGCCAUGUUAAUCUGUAUCCACAAAAACAACGGAGUCGUCCGGUGGCACCUUAAAGACUAACAUUUAUUUGGGCAUAAGCUUUCGUGGGUAAAAAACCCACUUCUUCAGAUGCAUAGAUGCUUAUGCCCAAAUAAAACUGUUAAUCUUUAAGGUGCCACCAGACUCGUAGUUGUUUUAGUAGUAGUAUAGAUUUCAACAUUUUAAUACUGUGGCCUGAUAACAUUAGGAAUGUAUUAAUUCAAUUUAAAGAACUCCAUAGUCUCAAUAGUGCAGUAUCCUUAAUGCCCGUCCCAAGUAAGUGUGUGUGUUUGUGUAGAAGCUCUGUUUGGACUAGUGGUUCUGGAAGAUGAUCCAAAAGGAGUUAUGAAUGACUACUGAAUAAAUAUUUAUUCAGGGCGUUUGUUACAAACAGAUACUUAAAUACAAGUCUGAAAUGUAAAUACAACAAUGUUCAUUUCAAUCUAGGUUUUGAGAGGCUGAAUCCAUUGUGCAUGAGAAUUUCAAGAGCAUGUUUUAUAUACCGUACUGUACAUGGCUCAGUAUCUCGGUGCUAGUUAUGACAGAUGAAAUUCUAGUCUUAAUUCUAAAUUUUCUUGAUUUUUAUGACUCAAGGUCCUUGCAACAUAUUUUUGGUAUUACAUGAUAGCUUUAAUACAACCAUGACAGAUUCUUCAUAAGGAAAGAGGCUAUGCCUUUGCCUCCCUCCAAAAUAAUGAUGAGUUUUAGUAACAUAAGCAUUUGAUUUUGGUCAUGAUAUUUACUCUAUGCUUCUGAAGACUGAAUGCUUUGCAUUGCUAGAUAAUGAAUUCCAGUAUUCCCCAUCCAGGUGUGAUACAGAGACUGUAACACAAACUUGAUACUCUUCCUUCAGCAGUAGGACAUCUUUCCUUGAAUGUAAUGGAAGCAACCUUCUUCAUGUAAUGUAAUUUUCAAAGAUUGCCAUUUAUGUCAAUUUGUAUGUGAUGGUUUUUGGAUGUGAAAUAUUGUGCAAGUCUAACUGAACAAAGAGAACCAGUGUUCGUUUCAAAUAAGGCAAUAGUAGCAGUAAAAAACUUCUUACAAAAUCAAAAUUCAGGUAUCAGAUACCUUUUCAUUGUAAUGCUGUACUAGACACAAUUGUGGCAGUAUUAUUGUGCAUGCACAGAUAUAAAUAUAUUAAGAAAAUAUAUAAUAAAGGAAUCAUUAUAAUC